AUGUCAUUUGCACCAUUUUCCAUCCGCGCCAUUACUUCGGCAACACGACCCCUUACCUCGCGUAUUGCGAGCCAGACCGCACGUCGCUUUGAGAGCACUACCCGUGUUUCGAGAACAAAGGUUGUUGAUCGUGAGCUUCCUCCCGCUCCUAAAUCCCGCAAGCCAGUGAUCAUUGGUGGUGCUUUAGUUGGCGCUGCUGUUUGGGCCGGUGUUCUCGGUUAUGCUAUGAACUAUCAGCGACUUUCUAGUAGUAUUGUGAACGGAACUCUGUUUAUGGUCCGCUAUGACCCUCGCAUCAUUGAGCUUGUAGGUGAUCAGGUUGAUUAUGCAGACAGCACACCCUGGAUCUCUGGCUCUGUCAACCAUCUCAAGGGAAAGGUUGAUAUUGGAUUCGAUGUUACCGGAAAGUCGGGUGAGCGUGCUCGUGUCCACUUUGAGUCUGUUCGUUCAGGCCACAACUGGAAUACCAUUGAAUUCACUGUCACACGUUUGAGUGACAAAAAGGUGGUCGAUAUCGGCCAUCAUGAGUUGUCCGAGAAGGGCGGCCCAGUAGUAGCUGGAAUUGCUUAAACUCUAUUUCAUUUCAUUUUCUUCCACAUUAAAAGAAAAGAAAAAAAGAAGAAUCUCACCCCCUCUUUUUCUCUCUCUCUCUCUCUACCUCUCUUUUUUUUAGACCAUACAAAUAUAAUGAAAAAAUGUAUUUUAAAUUAUUCCCCUAAUAAUUAAAACCAAAACCAAAACUAGAAUCAUAAC